UACGUGCGCUCACGAAAGGCCAACCGUGUCCGGGUGGCAAAACAAACAGCUGACAAAACUUAGAACCGAGGAGGAGGGGGUCAAAUUCAUUUUUACCUGAAUCACCGGGUUUAGGUAAAGUUGCGUCUCCUCUGCCGCCAUGGCUGCUGCAGCAGUUGUAAGAGGUUCUGCCACUGUCCCUGUUCGAGGACCCGGCGAUGGCAUGGAAACCGCAAAACCACCAGUCACACUGGAGGCCAUCACUGACGCUCCGCCACCGUUUUUAUCUGAAGUUCCUCUCCUUAAAGUAGCAAGCCCUAAGCACAGCCCAAAAUCUCCACAUGUCACACCCCCUGCUGCCCCACAGCCUCUCGGCGUGCUUCACCUCGGCAAAGUGAAUAGAGAGGCGUGUACAGAAGUGGAAGCCGUGAGGAUCAUUGUGCCCAGAGCUGCCAUCACCCGGAGAGGCCGGGCGGGACCCACUGAGGGGAAAGGCGAGGCAGGGCAGCAGACCGAGGAGCAGGGCUCUCCUCUGCUUGUGGAGGACUGGAGAGGACAGCUAGAGAAGCUGCAGAACUCUGAACGCCGGCUCCUGCAGGACAAAGAGGGCCUUUCGAAUCAACUCCGUGUGCAGACAGAGGUAAACCGCGAACUGAAGAAGCUGUUGGUAGCCUCGGUAGGUGAUGACCUCGAGUACCAGUUUGAGCGUCUUGCACGAGAGAAAAACCAGCUCAUUCUGGAGAACGAGGCUUUAGGCCGAAGCCUUUCACACACCGCGGAGCAGCUGGAACGUAUGAGCAUCCAGUGUGACGUCUGGAGGAGCAAGUUCCUCGCCAGCAGAGUCAUGGCAGAGGAACUGACAAACGCCAGAGCCGCUCUGCAGAGGCAGAUCAGAGAGGCCCAAGGAGCGAUUCAGGACCUGCUGCUGGAGCGGGAGGAGUUCUCCAGGGACAUGGUGCUCAGUCACAGGUCCCUGGAGCAGCUCCUGGUGUCUUUGCAGUGGGGCAGACAGCAGACUUAUUAUCCCAGUGCUCAGCCUCUCAGCAUUGGAGAGCUGGCUGCAGCCAAUCACAAGCUAGCAGAUGCUAUUAACUCUCAUCUGUUGGGCAAAAACAACACUAGCAGCACUGUGUCGAAGGGCAGUAGUGCACCAGCCGAGCAUAUCUGCAGCACACCAGCAGAGAAGAUGGCUGAGAAGGUGUUGAAGGUUUUGAAUCCAAUCUCUUGUUCAGAAAACAAGGCAGAACCUGCACUCAGUGACUCCACCUCCCCAAACUUUCUGAGCAGCAAGAAGAGCAUCGGCAGGUUUCACCCUUACACUCGCUACGAGAACAUAACCUUCAACUGCUGCGAACGCUGCACCGGGGACAUCAUAGUUCUAUAGGUCAUCCUCAUUUGACACGGGGAGUACUAGGAUUUUUUGUUGUUUUUUGUAUUUAAAAAAAUAAAGAUGGCGGACAGCAGGUGGAGCUGUAGCAGAAA